AAUUAAGAAGGGAAGAAGAUAUACAAUGAGAUGAGAGAUCAAAGUAUAUUCUUAACUGAAGGAUGAACAAAGAAGCAAGAAUAUAUACAUAUAUAAAUACCUCAUUUGCUGCCAAGAAUUUAAUAAUAAUCAUAUAAUGGAAGAUGUGUAUCUAUAUAUGAAGAAAGAAACUUGAGAUGGAAGAGAAGGAGAAAGUGAAAUGAAUUUUUUUUCGAGUACGAGGAUUUUGAUUCAAGGCCGCCCUUUAUGUAAUUUCGAUGGAAUUUUAAAGGCUCAAGCACCAUGUCAAAUGAGUUAUUUCCUAUUAUCACUAUUACGUUACUAAUCCUCUUGGCAAGAAGUGCCACCUCAAUGGCGGCCCGCGGCGGCGGCACAGCUGCGCCGGCACCAGACUCGGCGGGGCUAGAGGAAUGUUAUAAGAUGGCAAGAGAUAUGAAGUGCAAUGAUGAAUUUGUGGCUGGCGCCGCCAAAAAAGGCAGGGUGGUCAAACGUUGUUGUGGUGUCCUCAAAGAAGUGGGAAAUAAUUGUUUCACUGCGAUUCUAAAGUAUUAUGAGGAAUCUGGCCCUAAAAAUGUCGAUUGGAUUGCAUUUUGGGACAAUAGUUCCAAGAUUCUGAACCAAUGUCAAAUGUCAUAAAAAAAAUGUUUGUUAUUAUUAAUGUGCAUAAUUAAUAAAAAUGAGUAAAUUUUAUAAAUGGUUCAUAACUAAAAGUGAUUUUCUAUAUUUAAUCUCCAGUUAUAAGAUAUUACAUAAAGAGUUUCAAUAUUU